AUGUUUCUGCAUUCUGUUCUAUUCCUUGUCUUGUGGCUUCCAUUGGCAUUGGCAGCUUCUAAUUAUGUCAACACAACCCGAAGCCCCACUACCAUAACGAAAGGGGCAAACAUAAGCAAGCCGAGAUGUCCCAGCAAAUGUGGAAAUCUAACAGUUCCUUACCCUUUCGGCAUUGGCUUAGGCACUGGUUGUUCCAUAGAUCCAUCGUUUGAAAUCAACUGCAACACUUCUUCUAAUCCGCCCAGGCCUCUCUGGGAUCGAAAUCUCGAAGUUACUGAUAUAACAGAUUCUCAUAUGCGCAUCAAGAAUUGGGUGGCUGAAACAUGCUAUAAUCAACGUGGCAACUUGACAGAGGAUUCCCAAGUGAAUGUUUAUUUACCACAAAAUUUUGGCUUCUCUGAAAUGAAUAAAUUCAUGGUUGUUGGAUGUGAUGACGUGGCAGUAAUAUCAGGAACAACAGGGCGUAACUUCACCAGCGGAUGUGUUUCCAUCUGUUCGUCAAAGGAAAGUAUCAUUGAUGGGGAUUGCUCGGGGACGGGUUGCUGCCAAACCUCCAUACCAAACGGCCUGCAGAAUUUUGAAACUUCAAUGACCAGCAUUGAUAAUUACACUAAGGUCUGGUCCUAUGCUGGUUGUGGUCACGCCUUUCUUGGAGAGCAGGACAGCUUUACAUUCCAUAAAGCGAACCUUUCUGAUUUGACAUUUUAUAACAGAACCAUAGAGAAUGUCCCUGUACUCUUGGACUGGGUGAUUGGGACCCAAAAUUGUACUGAAUCUCACAAAUCCAACAAUGUUAGUUGUCAACAGAAUAGCAGAUGCAUUGAUCCUGAUAAUGGUCUACAAGGAUACCGCUGCACUUGCUUUGAAGGUUAUGAGGGCAAUCCAUAUCUUCAUCCGGGCUGCAGAGAUAUCAACGAAUGCAAUCAAAAUCCAUGUGAUCCAAAAGGAAUUUGCACUAAUACUCCAGGUAGUUAUAAAUGUUCAUGUCCGCAUGGAUACCUUGGUGAUGGCAGAAAAGACGGUCAUGGCUGCAAUAAACGGACUCCAGUAUUCCCGAUGAUCAAGUUCUCUUUAGGCAAUAUUAAUAACUUAAAAUCAUGUCCAGUUGUAUAUUCCUUGGUGAAAGCUUCUAAUCUUUAUUAUGAUUACUUUGAAUGGUUGGAUUUAGCGUGA